CUAAAUACUACCACCACUAGUUUGCUUUCUCCCUCAAGACACAUAAAUAAAUACUGCAGCAGAUUGGUUCCAUAGCAGAAAUGGAGAAGCCACAUGCCAUAUGCAUCCCCUAUCCAGCACAAGGCCACAUCAACCCUAUGAUGAAACUUGCGAAGCUCCUUCACUUUAAGGGCUUCCAUAUUUCCUUCGUCAACACCCACUACAACCAUAAGCGCCUGCUCAGAUCCCGAGGUUCUUCCUCCCUUGAUGGUCUGCCCGAUUUUCGUUUCUACUCCAUCCCCGAUGGUCUUCCACCCUCUGAUGUGGAAGCCACCCAGUCCAUCCCGGCCCUCUGUGAAUCUGUUCCUAAGCAAAGUUUCGAACCUUUCUGUGAGCUGAUCAGUAGGCUUAAAGGUGGCGAGGAGUCUGACGUGCCACCUCCGACCUGUAUAAUAUCCGAUGGUUGCAUGAGCUUUACGCUUAAAGCUGCCCAAAAGUUUGGGUUGCCAGAAGUAUUAUUCUGGACGCCGAGUGCCUGCGGAGUUUUGGCUUACACUCACCAUCAUGAUCUUGUUGAAAGGGGUUAUACUCCCCUCAAAGAUAUGAGCGAGGUAACAAAUGGGUAUUUGGAGACAAGCUUAGAUUGGAUCCCUGGAAUGAAUAGCAUCCAAUUACCAAUUAAAGGAUUUCCCCAGUUUCAUUCGAACCACAGACAUAAAUGACACCAUGUUGAACUAUUUCAUAACUGAGGCUGCAGCUAUCCCUAGAGGCUCGACUGUCGUGCUUAACACUUUCGACGCCUUAGAACAAGAUAGCCUUAACCCUUUAAUUGUCUUAAAUCCAAGAACCUUCACCAUAGGCCCACUACACUUGAUGCAACAACAUAUUGAAAAUGAUCAGGUCAAACACAUUGGGUCCAACCUCUGGAAGGAAGAUGAGAGUUGCAUCAGUUGGCUUGACACAAAAGACCCUGGCUCAGUUGUUUACGUUAACUUUGGAAGCAUUACAGUCAUGACAAAAGAACAACUCAUCGAGUUUGGGUGGGGACUGGCGAAUAGCAAGAAAGAUUUCUUGUGGAUUACAAGGCCCGACAUUGUCGGAGGCAAUGAGGCCAUGAUGCCACCAGAGUUUGUUGACGAGACAAAAGGGAGAGGCAUGGUGACUAGUUGGUGCCCUCAAGAACAGGUUUUAAAGCACCCAACAAUUGGAGCAUUCCUGACUCAUAGUGGAUGGAACUCGAUUAAGAGGCCAAUAUGUAGGGACUUUAUUACAAUUUUUCGUGUGUAUAUAUAUAUAUAUAUAUAUAUAUAUAUAUAUAUAUAUAUAUAU